AUACCCCUCGUAAGAGUUUGUAUUACAGAUUCCCACCUUCCCAUGUUACAUCUUCUCCUUUACCUGUCCUGUCCCCACCAUCCUCCAUCCACACAUUUUAUAAAACCCCAAUUCCCUCCCUUCCCUCUCUUCUCAUCACAACAUCCUUCAUUUCUUACACACCUUCCCUUUUCAUCAUUAUUUCAUCAUCCAUUAUACACUCUCUUCCUUUUCAAUUAAUCAAACAAAAAUGUGCAGCUCCAAGGCCAAAGUAACAAUAGGCGUAGAAAUCACAGCCACAGCCACAUCACAUGUGUCCAGAAUCAAUGGCAGACCAGUUCUUCAACCAACUUGCAAUAGAGUUCCUAACCUAGAAAAAAGAAAUUCAAUUAAAAAAGUUCAACCAAAAUCACUUUCACCACCAUCAUCACCAUUUCCAAGCAAGAUUAAUUCAUUGACACCUCCAAUUUCACCAAAGUUAAAGUCACCAAGGCCUCAAGCAACAAAGAGAGGAAAUGAAAGUAAUAAUGUGUUGAACACAAGUUGUGAAAAGAUUGUUGUAACACCAACAACAAGAAAGAGUUGUUCAAGUUUAGAGAGGAAAAAGUCAAAGAGUUUUAAAGAAGGGUCAACAACAUGUGAGGCAUCAUCAUUGAGUUACUGUUCUAGUUUGAUCACCGAGUCACCAGGGAGUAUUGCUGCUGUGAGGAGAGAACAGAUGGCAUUGCAGAAUGCUCAGAGAAAAAUGAAGAUUGCACAUUAUGGAAGAUCAAAAUCUGCAAAGUUUGAAACUGUUGUUCCUAUUGAUACUUCAAAUAAUCUUUCUUCAAAAACAACUGAAGAGGAAAAAAGAUGCAGCUUUAUCACACCCAACUCAGAUCCAAUCUAUAUUGCUUAUCAUGAUGAGGAAUGGGGAGUUCCAGUUCAUGAUGACAAGAUGUUGUUUGAACUUCUAGUUUUAAGUGGUGCUCAAGUUGGAUCUGAUUGGACAUCAAUCUUAAAGAAACGGCAAGAUUUCAGGAUUGCAUUUUCAGAAUUUAAUGCAUCAACUUUGGCCAACUUAACUGAUAAGCAAAUGAUGUCAAUUAGUUUGGAAUAUGGCAUUGAUAUAAGCAGAGUUCGAGGAGUUGUUGAUAAUGCUAAUCGAAUUUUAGAGGUUAACAAGGACUUUGGUUCAUUUAACAAAUACGUUUGGGGUUUUGUGAAUCACAAACCAAUUUCAACACAAUACAAGUUUGGCCACAAGAUUCCAGUGAAGACAUCAAAAUCAGAGAGCAUAAGCAAAGACAUGAUCAGAAGAGGGUUUAGGUUUGUAGGCCCAACAGUGGUUCAUUCAUUUAUGCAAGCAGCUGGCCUCACCAAUGACCACUUAAUCACUUGCCAUAGGCACUUGCAAUGCACCUUAUUGGCAUGCUGAAGACCAUAUUUGAUGUGCUAACUAUAGUUUACUUUCAAUUAAUGUGUUGUGUAUAAUAUUAGCUAGGAACAAAGAGUGGUUUUCUUAGUUAUGAGAUGUUAGAGAGCUUUAAUGACAUUUUGAGUGUGGUUUGUAAUAGAUAAAUGAGAGAGAAAAUUGAUUAUUUUUUAGCUUCUAAGGUUUAAAAAGUGUUGAAGGAGGUACUUAAAGAUUAUCUAAAAACAAAAUCAUCUUGAGGGUAAAAGUUGAACUUACAUCUUUAUGAAGUAUGAGUCAAUUUCUUAUUAGGAAAAAAUAUUGUUUAUUAGAUUGAUGUAAAAAGUUUAAGGAUUGUAGUAGUAAGUGGUGGAAAGAUUAGGAGACAAUCACCAUGUGCAUGUGCAAUAGUGAGACAAGUGCAUGUGUUGUGUCAGUUUGCUUUUUAGUCCAUGUGACAUAUAAAACUUUGCAUUAUUUGAUUCCCUUUAACAGUCUUGUAGAGGGGGUGUAGGACCAUAUAUAUACACCUCCUCAUACUUUCAUUCUAUUGCUUUGUUUAUGGAGUUGUUUCUCUAACUUUUUGGUUUAGGUUGUCCCACAAUAUGUUUUGGAGUUUGUGUGGAGAUCUUUUGAGUGGUUUUCAAAACACAUGUCAUGUGCUUAUGUACUAUAUAUGAUUAAUAUGAUUAUUACUAAUGCAUACAUUUUGAGAU